UAUGCUAUCUCUCACACAAUACCAACUUAUAUGUACUUGUCUCUUUUGCACACGGGACAUGGUUCGAAUAAUUCGAAUUUAUAAUUUUGUGUGGCUGGAACGCGAAUGUCAAAUCAAACUAUUUUCCGGAGCCCGGAAGAGAAUCGAAACACUGCAAAAGAAAACUAUUAUAUUAUGAAUUUAGUUUUUAAUUACAAUUGUAUACAUACUUAGUUAGGCAUAAGUGAAAUAAUUUUUACACUACAAGUGACAUUCUUUGUAUUUUGUUUACACACCACGAAAUUGAUUAACAAUAAGAUUGCUUGAAGAAUGUAAACAGGGAAAAAUUUGACGAUUAAUUGGAUUUAUCAGUGCAAAUUGUAGUUAAAAAUGGUUGAACCGGCGAAGCCUUUUGCCUGUACGUUGCCUGACUGCGGCAUGACAUUUACAAAUGAGGACCAUUUACAUGUUCACACAAAAAAACACGAUAUGGUGUUAUCUUUGGGAAUGGAACAAAAAGCUGCAUUUGUCGCUGACCAGACACCCACACCGACUCGUUUCAUCAGGAACUGCGAGGAGGUGGGUCUCUUCCAGGACCUGCAGAAUGUCAACCCAUUUGAUGAGGGCUUCAAGAGGGCUAUGGAGGCGAAGCACGGUAUCCUCUCCCUGGAGAGUGCGCUCGCGUCCUCCUCGGACGAGCUCCACACUCCUCAGAUGGUGUUCCCCACCAUUGACGGAGACUCCGCCCUCUACAGCACCACGAACAAUCAAAGGAACAUUACUAUAAGUCGCUCAUCAAGCGACGAAUCAGGUGCAGUAAAAGAAUUUGAAAGAACAACAAUUUCUAAGCUAACAAACGAAGUGACAACUAUUAGCAGAAUCGUGGGCAAAGCAGAAGAAAAAAUAGACGACAGAAAUAAAGAUAAUAAUAUAAGAACUGACUCAGUGUCAUACACAACAAAUAAUGUUAUAAAAAUCAGUAACAUGGUACGAAAAGACAGCAUAGAAAAGAAUCCAGUACAAACUCUAAUAUACGAAGACACAGUCAUACAUGAUAGCAAUGUUUUGUCUGAAAAAGUCCAAGAAGUACCCCCGAUUAUGAGCCAAAAGUCUCUAGACUUUAUCGUUGAUAGUUUGAACAACGAUUUCGAGGACACUGCUAAGAAAAAAACAAAAAAUGACGCCGAAGAUUAUGAAGUCAUAAUCAAGCUGCCGGGAGGGAAACAAGUGAAAAUGAGGGCAGUCGAAGAGAUAGACAAAGACAGAGAGAAAGUGUCUACGAAGGAGAUUUUAAAGAAAGCGAUCACUGAAAAGGUUGAAUCUAAAAAAACUCCACCGAAAACGAAUGCCGUAAAUCUAAUUCCAGUCAGUAAUGUGCCUAUAGUACCUGGUACAUUCAUACCUAUAACUUUUGUGCCUCAAAUCAAUCAGAAAGUGCCUAUAACUCCAAUCAAUGUUGAUAUAAAGAAGCCGGUCAAAAGAAAGGUCCGGUUUGAUAAAAGUGACAAUGCUAAAGACACUGGGACGGUUUCAACUGACAAAAGUGUUAGUAAUAGAAAGAAUAGUUGUCCUAAAGAUCUCGAUAGUCGGUCAGCUGCUUCUAGAAGAUAUAGGGCGCGUUUAAAAGAAACAUGGAUGCAACAAUCGCAAGAGAACGAAAGACUUAGGGAUAUGAAUGAGAAACUCACCGCGGAGAGGGACGUACUGAAAACUGUGAUCUUAGAACAUUUGAAGAAAUGCCACGAUUCUAAUGACUUGAAAAAUAUUUUGGAGAACCUCAAAAGUACAGGGACUACGUUACAAUAAUUCUGCCUACCCUACUUUUCCUGGUUAAUAGUCGUCAUGAGCUAAUGUUCACAUGUAAACAGUGACUCAUGUAGUGUAGAUGUCCAGUCAACUGGUGGUAGCGAGGUUCAUUACUGGUGAAUCCCUGCCUACCACUUUGUUGAAGAAAACUUCGUGGUAUCGUUACGUUUGUCGCGGAGAACCUAACGGGUAACCGGGACUCCGGCUCGAAGUGCAGGAGAAGGAACGGGGUGGUUUUUAGCC